AUGGAGACCAAAGUUCUAUUUGCAAUGUUGCUCUCACUUUUGCUAUUCACUAAUGGGGCUUCUUUAAGUGUUCACCGAAUGCAAGCUUCUCAUGAUUUAGCUAAUGGUCAUGAACGUGGGCUUGGUUUUCAUGCAAUGCCUAGAAAAUUGAUGCUUGAGCAAAAGGUUAUUGAAAGCGUCAAGGACAUGAAAUUGGCGUCUUAUGAUGAGACUUCAUCAGGUCAACCACACAAGGGAGAAGAAGAAACAUUAAAAGUGACAAAGCAAGAAGGAUUUGACUCGACUCGUGCGUUUACCAUGGAUUACACUCCUAUGAGGAGAAGACGCCCCGUGCAUAACAAGUCUUCCCCUGCAGCUGCCGCUUCUCCAUGA